GUAUUGGAUGGAACUUAUAUCUACGUGAACAAAAGUAACAAUUUCCAUUUCCAGCGUAGAUCAUUCAGCAUGCACAAAGGGAGACCCCUCAUUAAGCCAAUGGUGGUUGUAACAACAACGGGAUAUUUUGUCUCCAUUUUGGGCCCUUAUUUAGCUGAUAGAAAGAAUAAUGAUGCUUCCAUCCUUACACACAUCAUCAACAGUAACGCUGAAAGUAUUCGCUCCUGGCUUAAUGAGGAUGACAUAUUCAUUGUGGAUAGGGGCUUCAGAGAUGUUCUACCUUUGCUAGCAGAUUUGGGGAUCCAGGCAGAGAUGCCAAGGUUUUUAGAGGCUGGUCAAAAGCAGAUGUCGACUGAAGAUGCCAAUAUGAGUCGACUAGUGACAAAGGUCAGAUGGGUCAUAGAAUCAUCUAAUGCCCGUAUCAAGAGAUGGAGAUAUCCGGACCGUACACUACCAACCCAUCAAAUUCCAUUCAUUGGAGACUAUAUACGGAUUGUGUGCGCAGUAUCAAACAGAUUUUCACCUCCACUGAGUUUGUCGAGCAGCAGAGAAGAGGAUGAUGCAGAAGCUGCUAAAAUGCUUCACCUAUCCAAGCAAGUUCAUCACUUGAAGGCCUUCAUUGAGGAGAAGGGAUUGCAAAGAAAAACUGCUGUAUGGAAACCACCUCUGAAGUGGAUUUGGAUUCAUUUCCUAUACUCGAUGACGAAGAACUCAGAAAUCUGACUUGUGGUACUUACCAAUUGAAAUUAUCCUCCAGUUACAUGCAAGAGCACAUGGAUGGUGAAAGAUAUUUAUUUCCAUGAAGAGGACAAUACACUGCUCAGAGCAAAGAUCCAGAGUAGGCAUACAUCUUCUAAGAAGUACCAACUGUGGAUUCGUUACAGCGAGAGUACAGUGGAAUCUUGGUAUUGCACAUGUAGAACAGGUGCUCGAGUAGUUGGGAUGUGCUCGCAUAUUGCAGCAGUCACAUGGUAUCUAAGUGGUGCAAGGCACAGAGAGAAAUCAUUUGGAGUGCGGGAUUGGAGCAGAAAUGUCUUGGAUGCAGCCAAUAUUCCUCCAGUCAUUGAUGAUUCAGACAGUGAGAGUGGAGAAAGUUUGCCGGAAGAGUGAUUUUAAUGCUCUACCAUA